UGCCACGUCAGCAGUGCACAUCAGCAGUGCCAGGUCAGCAUCCAUGACGGGACCAGCGCUGGGCUUACCAGGCCCACUGGCCAACGAGUCCAUCACCGAGUACCGACAGCGGGUCGAGGCUCAGCUCGCGCUCAUUGAGGCCGAGGAACAGCGCCAGGCGGCAGCCGAGGCUGCCCGCCUACAGGCCGAGGCGGCAGCGGCAGCUGAAAGGCAGCGGCUUCAGGCCGAAGCCGAGGCACACACCAGGACACGCCGGAAGGAAGCCCUGGAGCUGCUGCAGCGCCAUGAAGCAGCCAGCAUCGAAAGGCUCAAGUACUGRCACUUUGAACCAAACGGCGACGAGCCGACACCGGAAGAGCAACACAAGGAGUUUCUCUCCAAGCUCGUGUCACGCCUGUUGUAUACUUGCAACUACCAACGGGCCGAACUAGAGAAACAACACCAAGAGUUGGCAGACCUCCGCCGAAUAGUGCAGGGCCACGAGGAUGCAACACAGRCACUCAAUGCCCGUGUACUGGACCUGGAACAGUUUGUACCAGGACCAGAUGCUGGUACGUCCAGCAGUGAACCCUCUAGCCGCCAACUGGAGGAACGCGUUGACCACGUAGUGGCGAUGCUCGGCAACAUCAGUGCUUUUGCUGCACCUACCACCAUCAGCAGUCAGCUGCACACCUUGAAGACCGAGGUCCAGCAGCUGCAGUCGACGAACUCGGAGGGCAAUCCUAAGUUGUACAAGAUGCCAACCUUCCAACUCGAGAAGUUCGACGACUACACGCAUCAGGAUCYGGUCCUCUGGUGGGAAGCAUUCACGACGCAGCUUCGGAUCCUGCCAGUCGCCAAGCACGCAUACAUCGGUGCCCUUUUCCUUAACUCAAAGGGCGCAUGCCAGACUUGGUUGACCCAUCUGGCAGCCACUCACGGCAUCGAUGUGGUAGAUCUUCGAGACAAGAUCACAUGGGAGGAGUUGACAUGGUUGUGGAAGGAGAGGUUCAUCGUCGACGACGCGCCUGCCCUCCCCAUCAACCGCCUGUUCACCAUGACCCAAGGCAACACGGCAACACGAGACUGGCUCACGGAAUGGCAAAAGAUCGCGGCAACGCCGGAUCUGGACUUGCCAUUUACGCAUUUGCGCCGAGAGUUCUACAAUAGGUCAUGUGUUGCACUGAGCCAGACACUUGGUGAUCGCGAGCAGUACUCAACCUUCGCUGAGAUCAUCGACAAAGCGAGGGAGAUCAUCAAGACUAAUAGGGCGGCUGCACACGAGAAAUCAGCAUGGCAACCAACCUAUGUGGAGAAGGUAAAGACUGGUCCGCGGCAGCAGCAUUUCGCUGAAGUCCAAUCGGACAGUGGAGACGACCCGACAACCACCAAGGCAUCAAGUGAAGGAGAUCAGGUGGCUGCUGUCCAGGCGAGAAGCACCAACAAGUCCCGGAACAAUGGGAAAGCGAAGACCGCAUCAUCGGCUGGAACAGGACAGCCAGCGCCAUGGGUCAAGUUUAACUUGACCGAGGCCGAAUACAAGUACCGUGGUCGGUACGGCUGCUGCUACUGGUGCAAUAGCACCAAGCACAAGACCUCCCUCUGCCAGGACAAGGAGAAGGAGGAUGUUCGGCCUCGCAACAACUCGAAAAAACUUGAAGAGCUCGACCUGUUGACAGUCGCGGACUUCCAGUGGAUGCCCGUUCCCCCGACCGGUCGAUUGUCGAAACCGCAUUACAAUGUGCUCAUGGCACAAUUGCCGGAGUAUUUGCACACUGCAGUACCAACUCCGUUGAUGGACGCCGGAGUAAAGGUUGUCGACCUUCAGGAGUACAUCGCGAAGAUCGACCGCGAGUUCAAGACACAACGGUAUGAUGACAUUGACGCACCAUUGUUGUAUGUACACAUUCAGAUCGGAGAGGCGACCUGCAGCGCCUUGAUCGAUUGUGGUGCAACUCGCAACUACAUGAGUCAGGACUUCAUGGUACGCGCCGGCCUGGGCCCACGCGUCAGGAGGAAGUCCCAUCCGACACACGUGACGUUGGCCGAUGGUCACACGCACAAGUCAAUUGACCGGUGCAUUGACAACGUCCCUGUGUAUUUCGCCCCGCAUGCAUGCGAGGCCGUGUCCUUCGACAUUCUGGACACUAAGUUCGACAUGAUUUUGGGCAUGUCAUGGCUGCGAAGUGAGGACCACCCGGUGAACUUCUACCGCCGCACCGUUCACGUUCGUGACCGGGAUGGAGUACUAGUCCCAUGCACAGUGCCUCCUCCUCACCCUUCGAUCAGCUGUCAYRUGGUGUCCGYCGCAAGUAUUCGAGGUUCCAUCAUCAAGGAUGAYAUUGAGGAGAUGGGGGUGUGUUUUCUCCACGCCCUCCCGCCCCAGGACACCCCAUUGACGGACGCAUCAUCGGACCCACGCAUCACUGAGCUUCUCGCCACUUAUAGUGACGUGUUCGAGGCCCCGCACGGAGUAGUACCGGAUCGGCCCAUCCGCCACGAGAUCAUCCUCGAGGACGGGGAUGUACCUCCGCGUGGUUGCAUCUACCGAAUGAGCGAGGAAGAGUUAAGUGUGGUACGGGCACAACUCGACGACCUUCUGGAGAAAGGCUGGAUUCGGCCUAGCUCUUCGUCAUACGCCACAUUCCAGGCGGCUACGACAUUGGAGUUUCGACACAUGCUGGAUCGUUUCGUACUCGUCUACCUCGACGACAUCUUGGUGUAUAGUUGGAGUUUGGACGAGCAUGUGGAGCACCUGCGCACCGUUCUGGAACGGCUACGACAGGCUAAGUACAAAGCCAACCACGACAAAUGCGAAUUCGCGCGGCAAGAGUUGGAGUACUUGGGACACUAUGUGACGCCGCAAGGCAUCCGUCCGCUUGCGGACAAGAUCGAGGUCAUCCGCGUAUGGCCCGAGCCCACCAACACCACGGACGUUCGUUCAUUCAUGGGGUUGGCAGGCUAUUAUCAGCGUUUCAUCACCGGAUACUCAAGGAUUGCCGCACCUCUGACGAGACUACAAUCGCCAAAGGUGCCAUUCGUAUUCGAUGACGACGCCCGCCAGGCUUUCCAAGCACUCAAGACGGUCAUGCUCAUGGCACCCGUCCUUAGCAUCUACGACCCCACUCUGCCUACGAGAGUGACGACUGACGCUUCCGGUUACGGCAUUGGGGCAGUCUUGGAGCAGCAUGACGGCGAGGAUUGACACCCUGUGGAGUAUUUCAGCCACAAAGUGCCUCCCAUCAAUUCUCUGGAUGAUGCAAGGAAGAAGGAGCUGCUUGCGUUCGUCAUGGCUCUC